GAUGACAAUAAACAUAUCAAAUGUGGCUUUUCCCUGAUGUCUCUCUCUGCAGCUAACAAGCCUCUGUAAAGACUUUAAACCUGAAAUUAUGGCUUUGAAUCAUCUGAGCCUGCUGCGACCUCUGCUGUGUCAGUCCCUGGUGCGACAGGUCAGGUCUCCCCUCGUCACUUCCAGGGUCAGUGCCCCGCUACUGUGCCCCGGCAACACCUGUUACCCUGCUGCAUGCACCAGGCUCUAUGCCACCAAGAAGGCAAAAGCUAAGGCAAAAGGCCAGUCGGCUAAGGUGAAUAUUAAUUCAGCUCUGGUGGAAGACGUCAUCAGUCUGGAUGAAGUGAAGGAGGACAUGACAGCCAUUCUCAAUGCGCUCAAAGAUGACUUCACACGCAACCUCGGCUUCCGAACCUCGCCAGGAGCCCUGGAUCACAUUGUGGUGCCGACUCAAGAUGGAAAGUUCCCUCUCAACCAGCUGGGUCAGAUCUCCAUGAAAUCACCUCAGCUCAUUAUGGUCAACAUGAGCAGCUUCCCUGAAGCUACAGCGGCUGCCACCCGUGCCCUGAGAGAGAGUAGCAUGAACUUAAACCCAGAGGUGGACGGGACAAUCAUCAGGGUGCCCAUUCCUAGAGUAACACGGGAACACAGAGAGAACCUCGCCAAGCUGGCCAAAGAGUUCAGCAACAAGGCUAAAGACUCACUGAGGAGAGUCCGAUCUAACUCUGUCGCAAAGGUCAAAAAGGUGAAGGAAGGACACUCAGAGGACACCAUACGGCUCAUAGAAAAACAGAUUCAGCAGAUGGCAGACAACAUUACUGUGGAUAUUGACAAACUGCUUGCAGCCAAGGCCAAGGAGCUGUUAGGAUGACGAUGACGGUGAUGGUCACGCACAUGUUAUUAUUUUCGAUAUUGUAUCAUUUGGUCAUAGCUGAACCUACAUAUGGACAUACACAACAGCAGCAACAUGGCACUCUUACGAUGCUGAUAAUAGACAGUGACCGGAUCACGCUGAGGAGGUAGUUUUUGAAUCCCACAGACAAACACGUUGUGGGUCCUGUAGUGCAUGUUUGGGUUCUCCUGGCAGACACUGGGCUUCGGUUCCUGCCCACAUCACUGGCGAAGAUCCUCUCUUCGCUGCUGGGUGAUAUCUGUGUUUAAACCGUCAGCGCAUAAACAGAAAUUGGCAUGGAAACAACAACAACGACAGACUGCCAGUCACCUCCCUCCUCCCUUGUUACUCUUCCUGUCUUCAAACAAACUCCAACCGAGGGACGAAUGGACUUUUAAUGGGAUUUGCGGGCCUCCUCCUAAUCAAACCCUUUGCCACAAGGGCUGUCUGUUUAUAUAAAACAAGCGCACCCGUCUGAAUGUAAACUGGCUGCGGGUUUGUCUUGGUGGCAAAGAGCGAGAGAGAAGGGGAGAGAGGGUUUGUUCCAGAGACGCAGGAGCCAACUGAACAGAUAUCAUUAGCCUGUUGCCAAACAUUUGUUUCACAUUGAUUCAAAGUCUGUUAAAAAAUGCACUCAAGAAAAAAAAGCUCUUUAAUUUCUGCCCAUGUCUAGGAUUGAUAAUAUGCCUACUCGCUUUUAAACACAAUAAAGUCGGGAAAGUAACAUUAUUGAUGGACUCCAUUAAAGAAACACUGCUUUGUA